CCGCCGUCGCGGAAACCACCGUUGGCGGCGCUAGGCAGUAGGCGGGGCUUCCUACGGCACGACUUCCGGCCCCAGCUCCUGUGUCCUGUUUUCUCUCCCAGUGACAGCAACGGAGGCGGAAGCAAGAGAGAGUAGAACUGGUCAGGUUAGGUUGUGCUGAGGUGGCCGCCAUAGCGUAGCCGAGCCGGGGUCGGCACGGUCAACCACGCCCCACGGUGGGGCAGCACCUUUUUUUCAGGUUGAGGUGAGCCGGUGGAACCUGACGCGGGACUUUUGCUGUGGGUUGCCGAGUGUGGCCUUGAGACCCUGAAGCAGCGAUGGACCCAUUUCCUCUCUCAGUCGCACGGUUGGGCCCGGACUAUUGACAAACCGGGGCAGGAAGGCGGGGGGGGGGCUUUUCCUUUUUGUGCCAUCUCCCAUAAUGGGCGGUUGCCUAGUAGUCUUUGGGAGAAAGGAACUAGGGGCCUAACUCCCUGCGGUGUGGCAGGAGGAGUAGUUCUAACAUUAUUUUCCAGGUAAAUGUACUAGCAUACAGUUAUAACAAUGGAGUCCAUGUUAAACAAAUUGAAGAGCACGGUUACAAAAGUGACUGCAGAUGUCACUAGUGCAGUCAUGGGAAAUCCAGUUACCAGGGAAUUUGAUGUUGGACGACAUAUUGCUAGUGGUGGCAAUGGGCUUGUUUGGAAGAUUUUUAAUGGCACUAAAAAAUCAACGAAACAGGAAGUGGCAGUUUUUGUAUUUGAUAAAAAGCUAAUGGACAAAUAUCAGAAAUUUGAGAAGGAUCAAAUUGUUGAUUCCUUAAAACGAGGAGUUCAGCAGCUAACAAGGCUUCGGCAUCCUCGGCUGUUAACUGUACAACAUCCAUUAGAAGAAUCCCGGGACUGUUUGGCAUUUUGUACUGAACCAGUUUGUGCAAGUUUGGCUAACGUACUUGGCAACUGGGACAAUCUUCCCUCACCUUUACCAUCUGACAUCAAAGAAUACAAACUUUAUGAUGUAGAAACAAAAUAUGGUUUGCUUCAGGUGUCUGAAGGCUUGUCAUUUCUACACAGCAGUGUGAAAAUGGUCCACGGCAACCUUACUCCUGAGAACAUAAUUUUGAAUAAAAGUGGAGCAUGGAAAAUUAUGGGAUUUGACUUCUGUAUUCAGUCUCUAAAUCCAUCUGAGCAAGAGCCAAAAUUCUCUUGUAAAGAAUGGGUCCCAAACUUACCAUCGUUGUGUCUUCCAAAUCCCGAGUAUUUGGCACCUGAAUACAUCCUUUCAGUGAGUUGUGAGACAUCCAGUGACAUGUACUCUCUGGGAGCGAUCAUGUAUGCUGUGUUUAAUAAUGGGAAACCUAUUUUUGAGGUCAACAAGCAAGAUAUAUAUAAAAGCUUCAGCAGACAGCUGGAUCAGCUUAGUCGUUUGGGCUCCAAUAACCUUCAAAACAUUCCAGAAGAAGUCCGUGAGCAUGUAAAACUACUGUUAAAUGUAGCUCCUGCAGUCAGACCAGAUGCAGACCAAAUGACUAAAAUACCAUUCUUUGAUGAUGUUGGGGCAAUGACACUACAGUACUUUGAUUCGUUAUUCCAAAGGGAUAAUCUUCAAAAGUCACAGUUUUUUAAAGGGCUGCCAAAAGUUUUACCAAAAUUGCCUAAGCGUGUUAUAGUACAGAGGAUUUUGCCUUCCUUGACCUCUGAAUUUGUAAACCCAGACAUGGUACCUUUUGUUCUGCCCAAUGUUCUGCUCAUUGCAGAGGAGUGUUCCAAAGAAGAAUAUAUAAAGCUAAUUCUACCUGAUCUCAGCCCUGUCUUUAAGCAGCAGGAACCAAUUCAGAUUCUGUUGAUAUUUCUUCAAAAAAUGGACUUGCUACUAACCAAGACACCUCCAGAUGAAAUAAAGAACAGUGUUCUACCAAUGGUUUAUAGAGCCUUAGAAGCACCUUCAAUUCAGAUACAGGAACUCUGCUUAAACAUAAUUCCUACGUUUGCCAACCUUAUAGACUAUCCAUCAAUGAAAAAUUCAUUGAUACCAAGAAUUAAAAAUGCAUGUUUACAAACAUCAUCUCUUGCUGUGCGUGUAAAUUCCUUAGUCUGUUUGGGAAAGAUUUUGGAAUACUUGGAUAAGUGGUUCGUUCUUGAUGAUACUCUGCCUUUUUUGCAACAAAUUCCUUCCAAGGAACCUGCAGUCCUUAUGGGAAUUCUAGGUAUCUACAAAUGUACAUUUAGUCAUAAGAAACUGGGAAUUACAAAAGAGCAACUUGCAGGAAAGGUGUUACCCCAUCUGAUUCCUCUUAGCAUUGAGAACAAUCUUAAUCUAAAUCAGUUUAAUUCCUUCAUUUCAGUCAUAAAAGAGAUGUUAAGUAGAUUGGAAGCUGAGCAUAAGACCAAACUUGAACAAAUCCAUAUUAUGCAAGAACAGCAAAAAUCUUUGGAUAUAACUAAUCAAAUGAGCACAGCUGAAGAAACAACAGCCAAUAGUACAGGCAAUCAGAUUGACAAGGUGUUUACCAGCCUAGGCACAGAUAUCUUAACUGGUGGACCUGACGGUAAAGAGAAUGGAUUGCUGCAAAAUCAGAGAAAGGGAUCACUUACACUUGAACAGAAGCAAAAAUUAGCAAAAGAGCAAGAACAAGCACAGAAAUUGAAAAGUCAACAGCCACUUAAACCUCAGCUUCACACAAUUACUGCUCCAGUCAAACAGACAAAGGACUUGACUGACACUUUGAGAGAUAAUAUGGCAUCACUGACCAGCCAAUCCACCAACAAACCUAAAGUUCCUUCUUCAAGUAGCUUUUCUUCAGCGGGUAUUGGAAUAGGGUUUUCAUCGCCUGUUGAGAGCACUAAGAGAAAUGGACUAAAUGCUAAUACAGGAUUUCAGCCUUCUGGAUUUGGCAUGGGAAUUGGUACUACAAGCCAGAAUUUCUUCAGUACUGCUGGUAUCACUGGAAUGACUAACAUGAAUAAGUUGCCAACAGCAAACAUGCCACCUUAUAGUCCUAUGAACCCUACAGCUGCAGUUUCACAGCCAGCACAGCAAAGCAGGCCACCAGAUAUGUCAGCUUUAGAUAGCCUAUUUGGGUCGCAAAAACCCAAAGUUAGUAUGAAUCAAUUGUCUCAACAAAAAACAAACCAGUGGCUUAAUCAAUUUGUACUUCCCCAGGGUACCAACAGUUCUGCUUUAGGAACACAAAUGAAUGUAAUGGGACAACCUGGCUUUGGCUUACAGGGAAAUCCUUUUUUUAGUCCUCAAAACUUCACACAACCAACAAGCAGCAUGACAAGCAGCAGUUCAGCUAGCAAUGACUUAAAAGACCUCUUUGGGUAAUAGUUCUAAUUGUGGAUUAAUUGAUGUGGUAUUUAUCUCAUAAAAAGCUUUUUUGAGGAAACUUCAUUUAGCAAAUGGACAAGAGAAAAGCUGUUCCCGGGAUGUGACUUUUUAUUUGCCUGUGUAUUUAAUUUUCUUAGGCACCCCCACCCCACCUCCAUUUCAAAGUUUUGAAGUCAGGUUUUGUCAAUCAAGGUAUUCAGAGUUACAAAAAAAUUAAAACUGCAUACCUCAUAACUUCAGGACUUUGUCUUCUGACCACUGUAAUUCUGCAAAUAAACAUCUUGACAAAUAAACAUAAGCAGAUAGGUUGUAAUUGCUGAUAAGUGAUUCUCCAAAUGCACAAAACCUCAAACCUUGGUCUCUUGUUGGUCUUGAAUUGUCUGGAUUUGAUAUGAUACUGAGUUAUAAAUACAUCUUGGUAUAGAAAGGCUUAUUAGGUGGAUGCAUGUAUUCAUCUGGAACUUUCUGUAAACAUAUGAAACUGAACAUAUGAAGAUUUCUAGGUUGUAAGUAGCAUUCUUCCCAACAGAAGAUAAGGUAUGUUUAAGGGAGUGGUAUUUUUCCAACAGAGGAGUUAUUUUUGUCUCCAAAAAUAUUGCUCAGGUGGCCAUGCUACAUAACUUGCCUGUUGAUACCAAAAUUUCAGUCACUGCAGUAGAAGCCAUGUUGGCAUGGUGAUCUUAAAGUCCUGUCUAAAAAAGUAAGGUAACUUAAUCAUGCAAAGGUUUAUAAUGGAUAUCCAGUUGCUAAAAUAUUUCUAGUACAAAUUAAAGGGUCAGAUCAUCCUAGAAGCAAAGUUGAAUAGCUUGGAAUUUAGAAGUUACUUUUAUCACAUUGAAGUUUUGCCAUACUAGUAUGAAAAGAGAGUUUGAAUCCCAGUGUAAAAUUUCUAGCUACUUCUAAGACAAAAGUAAGUUUGCCAUCCUUCUGAUAUUUACUUGCUUUGAAUUCAAAUUCCUGUCAAGGGACUCCAAUGGUGUUUGAUUUUUUUAAGAUUAAAUUAAUGAAGUACAAAGUUGGAUGAUGGAGCAAUCUACUAUGGCAAGUAGUUUAAUUUAGACCAAAUACAUUGUUUCUGGAGUCAUCUGAAAGACUAAUAUAAAGUCUUCUGCAAUCAGAUAUGGAAUGAACAACCACUUUCUAUCUACCUUGAAGGAUUGCUCUAGACUUAGACAUUUUUCCCAAAAUACAAGCAGCAGUGAAUGUUGCUUAGUAGCUGAGGGUUGUUCAACUUUCUCCUAACACUAUCCUGUGUGCUAUUUCUAUUGGGUUUUUAACUAUUUCUUUCUUGGGAAUUUUGCGAUCUUUCUUAGAUAAUACUUUAGUCCAUAACUGGCUAAUUUGAGAAGGAAAGCAUUAGUUACUUUUUUUAUAGAAAGGUACUUUAUUUUUCAAAGCCUUUCACUCAUUUAAUCCAUUUCCUGCUUAAAAAACCAAAGGGCUUUAUUUAUGCUGUAAAUGUGAGCUUUGUUAAAUUAUAUUUCUAAUUUUAAGCAGUAAUAAUGUUAAAUGUAUCUUAAGAACUUUAUGUUAUAGCUGCUACCUUAGUACUUUUAUUUUGUGUCUCUGGGACCAGUGAUAAAAUUGUGAUGUGUUUUUAAAAACAUACAUGCUUGUGUUAUUUCUCUCACUAAAUAUGCUCAAUUAGCUACAUAACAUUGUGUGUAAAAUUGUGACUAUUAAAUGUGUUAGGUGUCCAUGCAGUUCCUUGUAUAAUCUCUAGGUUUCUUGACUAACAUUUACAGUUCUGGCUUGGAACAGUUCCCCUGGUGUUUUGUUUUUAAAAAAGGCAAAAUAAAAUAAAAGUACUGAAGAUGAA